AUGUUCUCUCCUCUGCGCGUCAUCCUAUGCGCCCUCUUCCUAUUCACCACACAUGUUUUCGCUGCCUCUGCAGUGUUGGGCGUUGACCUCGGCACAGAAUACAUCAAGGCUGCCCUCGUGAAACCCGGUAUUCCUCUCGAAAUUGUCCUGACCAAAGACUCUCGCCGAAAAGAGACCUCUGCCGUUGCAUUCAAACCUCCCCAGAAUGGCGCAAAGGCCGGUGUCUUCCCCGAACGCCUUUACGGCUCCGACGCCAUGGCCCUGUCUGCCCGCUUCCCCGGCGACGUGUACCCGAAUCUGAAGACCCUCCUCGGUCUCCCGGUCGACAGUGAUGAGGUCAAGGAGUACGCCGCUCGACACCCUGCGCUACAGCUCGAGAGUCAUAAGGUCAAGGGAACCGUGGCGUUCAAGAGCAAGGAUGCCUUCACCACUCAGGAGCAGGCGUGGCUAGUCGAAGAGCUGUUGGCCAUGGAACUUCAGAGCAUCCAGAAGAACGCGGAGAACAUGGCUGGGCCAGACACGACCGUUCGCAGUAUUGUCCUGACCGUGCCGCCUUUCUACACGAUCGAGGAAAAGCGCGCUGUCGAGACCGCUGCCGAGAUGGCUGGUCUCAAGGUGUUAUCCCUCAUCAGCGAUGGGCUAGCCGUGGGUCUCAAUUAUGCGACCAGCAGGACUUUCCCCAACAUCAACAAGGGCGAGGUACCAGAAUACCACAUGAUCUUUGACAUGGGCGCUGGAUCUACAAAGGCCAGCGUCCUGAAGAUGCAGGCCCGUGAGGUCAAGGACGUUGGCAAGUUCAACAAGACGAUUCAGGAGGUCGUCGUGCUGGGCAGCGGAUGGGAUCGGUCUCUGGGCGGUGAUUUUUUGAAUGGAAUUAUUGUCGAUGACAUGGUCCAGAAGUUUGUGGAAUCGCCUGCAGCCAAGAAGGUUGGGGCUACGACUGAGGGUGUCAAGGCCCACGGUCGGGCCAUGGCGAAGCUCUGGAAGGAUGCCGAGCGGUUGCGGCAUGUGCUGAGCGCCAACCAGAACACCCAGGCCAGCUUUGAAGGUCUUUAUGAAGACGUAGACUUCAAAUACAAGACCACCAGAGCUGACUUUGAGGCCCUGAUCGAGGCCCAUGCCGCCAGAGUCGGAGGCGCAAUCCAGAGCGCACUCGACAUGGCGGGCUUGAAUGUGGCAGACCUCAACAGUGUCAUCCUCCACGGUGGUGCCACGCGCACACCAUUUGUACAGAAGGAGCUCGAGAAGAUCUUUGGCACGGGCGACAAGAUCCGCAGCAACGUAAACUCGGACGAGUCUGCUGUCUUUGGUGCUAGCUUCCGCGCAGCUGAGCUCAGCCCCAGUUUCCGUGUCAAGGAGAUCAGGAUCUCGGAGGGCGCUGUCUAUCCGGCUGGCAUGAAGUGGACGGACGAUAAGAGUAAGGCCCGCCAUCAGCGGAUCUGGACACCUACAUCUCACCUUGGUGCGGCUGCCAAGGAGUUCACAUUUGCCAACAAGGAGGACUUCUCCGUCGACUUUUACCAAGAGGUUCCUGCUUCUUCGGCGGACGUCACCACUGGCGUCGAGGAGAAGGCCACCAAGACUCUGACCACCAAAAAUCUGACGGAAACCGUCUCGAUAAUGAAGGAGAAGUAUUCCUGCGAGCCUUCAGAAGUUCACUUCAAAGUCAGCCUGCGCCUGUCCAGCGAAAAUGGCGAAGUCGAGGUCGCCAAGGCUUAUGUCGAGUGUGAGGCUGAGGUCGUCGAGAAGGAGAGCUUGAUGGACGGCGUCAAGAACUUGUUCGGCUUCGGCGACAAAAAAGACCAGAAACCUCUCAAGGAUGACGAAUCUUCCGAGUCCGUUGACGAGGCCUCUACCACCAACUCGGCGUCGUCAUCUUCCACAACAACCACGACCGAGUCCACUACCGAGACUGCGUCAUCUGCCUCGGCCUCCGAGUCUGCUGAGGGCAAGGAAAAGAAGACAAAACAGAUGGUUUCCGUCAAUGUCAAGCAUGAGCUCACAAAGAGCGGCGCACCACAGCUGGACAAGCUCGACAUUCUCCAGUCAAAGGACAGGCUCAAGGCAUUUGAGCAAUCUGAUAAGGCUCGCCGCCAGCGCGAAGAGGCCCUCAACCAGCUCGAGGGCUUUACCUACAAGUCCCGAGACUUGCUUGACAGUGAGGUAUUCAUUGCUGCUUCUACAGAGGCCGAGCGCAAGUCGCUCGAGGAGAAGAGCAGUGCGGCUAGUGACUGGUUGUAUGACGACGGCGCCGAUGCUUCCAAGGACGAGCUGAAGAAGCGGCUCAAGGAACUGCAAGACAUUGUGACCCCCAUCCAGGCCCGCAUUGAGGAAGGAACUGAGCGUCCCAAGCUGUUGGGCGACCUGAAGGAUGCGCUCAAGCAAACAGAGGAAUUCGUGAAGAACAUCAAAGACAAGAUCGCCGAGUACGAUGCGUGGACAUCCUCUGCUUCAUCGGUUACCUCCUCAUCCGACUCGUCCACAGUAACUGCCGCCCCUUCUGGCGACUUCGAUGACCUUGAGGACGACACCACGACUACUACCCGCGCUGCCAAGAUGGAAGAUGUCCUGAAGGAACGUGGUCCCGUGCCCCCGCUCUACACCCUCGAGGAUCUCAAGGAGACAGAGGACAUCUACGCCAAGAUUACGGCAUGGCUCGAGGAGAUCGAGCCCAAGCAAGAGAAGCUCGGCGCCACAGAUGAUCCGGUGAUGACGGCCAAGGCCUUGAAGGAGUGGCGCCAAAAGCUGGACAAGGCAGGGGUGGACCUGGCCAUGAAGAGCGUAAAGAACUUUGACAAGAAGAAGAGCAAGUCCUCUUCGUCCAAGACCAAGAAGUCCAAGACCAGCAGCACAUCAAGCAGUGCCGGCUCGGACCGGACGAUCGAAAUAGGCAAGAAUGGCCAGAUGCCGUCUGCGGAGGAGCUCGAGGAGAUGAUAAGGCAGUGGGAGCAGCAGAACGCGGAUCCUGCUGCCGAGAAGGGCAGCGAGGAGAAAAUGAAGGGCGACAACGACCACAAGAAGGAUGAGCUGUGA